UUCCACCGGAUCUAGGGGGCGUAAGCAUCUGGGACUUGGCAACAGUGAUCUGAAUGUUUAGUUGCACGUUUUGUCUUACGACUUUAGCAGUUGGGUAACAAGAUCGUAGUAGGUAUGGCUGACGAAGAUUUCGAGCCUGACGAUGUUGGAGACGAUGAUUUUAAUGAAGUUGAGGACGAUGAAAAUCUCGAUGAAAUCGAUCAGAACGAGGAAAAUGUGGAUAUUAUGUCAGCCAGUGAGCAGCAACCUCAACAAAAUCAAAAGCGUAUCACUACACCAUAUAUGACAAAAUAUGAAAGGGCGAGGGUGUUAGGAACGAGAGCAUUACAGAUAGCGAUGUGUGCUCCAGUAAUGGUAGAGCUGGAAGGUGAAACAGAUCCAUUGCAGAUUGCUAUGAAGGAAUUAAAGGCUAGAAAAAUCCCUAUCAUCAUAAGAAGGUAUCUACCAGACGGCAGUUAUGAAGAUUGGGGUGUAGAUGAACUGAUUAUAACAGAAUAAAAAUCCAUUAGACUUUUAAAAAUGUCAAA